AACCACCUUCCUAAAACCAGAGAUAUUAUACCUUGUUACAAGCUUUGAAGACAAUCAAAAUAAUUAUGAAAAUAAUAGCCCACAAUCGACUUUCCCCAUUAACGAGCCCCAAUCAUUCUUCUCUGUGAAUCAAAACCCAUCUCCUCCUCCUAGCAAUAAAAAUGAUCAUUUGGCUUCUUCUGAUAAAUCAUAUAGUAGUAAUGGUAAUAGUCAUGUGGAUCCUGUAGUCGCUUUAAAAUGUGACACUCUUGAACAUCAUGCUUUAAGAAGAUUUUCUGCUUGGAGAACUGGAAAAAAAUCUAGCUUUCAUUCUUCUAAAAAAAUGAAUUCCAUACAACUACCUGAAAUUAAUAUACCUGAAGAGGUUGAAAACGUACAGGAAGGAUCAAUAUUAAAACCUAAUGGUUCUGCUGCAACAUCUUCUAUAGUGUCUCCUAUAGAACCUAUAUCUCAAAAUGACAAACCUAUUGCUUUAACAAAUGUUGGAUCCUCACGUUCAUUCAUUGAUAGUGGUAAAACAAAAUUGGAUGCUCGCUCAACUGAACUGCUUGGUAGAGUUGAUGAACUUCAAGAUAUUAUAGAUAGAAUGAAAUCUGAUAUCGUAAAGAGAGAGGUGCUAGACCACCAUCAACAGAAAUUCAACACAUUAAACAAGGAGCGACAGGCUGCUGAAAAACAGCGUGAACGCGAUUUAGUUAAUCGUAUUGAGGCUGAAUUAACAGAUUUUGUUGCUCAGAAUAAAUUAAAGACCGGUAGGGCGCAAAAAAUUGAAAGACUACAUCAAAAGAAAAAUGAAAAAGCAUUGAAAGAACUUUACAAGAGUGAAAAGUUAAUCAUCUUGACUUUUUUUUUUCUUAACGUAUAUGCUGCCUUUGGACUUUAUAAAUUUUGA